AUGGUCCUAAAGGAAAAUAGACUGUUUUUCUCCAUUUGCCCCGCUGAGGAGGAUAUCUCUAGCCCCACUCCAGAACCGGAGACCAGCCAGAAAUCACCUCGCUGCUGCACGGAGAACUCGCCAGAGCCAACCGCAGCCACAGAGCCCGAGCCCGCCACGAUAAAAGAGCCAGCGUUGAAAAGAGCGACAGAGCCUAAUAUCAACACGGAACCUGAGCACGAAAAUACAACUGAGGAACUUUUGAACAUUUUUGAGGACAAUUUGAUUGACUGGAUUAGAGAGGUUGUUCCCAGUUCCCCUGAGCCUCUAUUGUCUCCUGAGUCUCCGCUGGUUCCGUCCAGCUCUCCUGUGUUUCCUGAGCUUUCUGUGACUCUUAAGCUCCCACCCAGCCUCCCUUUCCCACCUCCUCUAAUGCCAGCCAGUUCCUCAGUCCUAUCUCCGCUGGUUCCUGCCAGUCCCUCAGCUCACCCUCAGCAAGCACCAUCUAAGCACUCUGAUCCGCCUUGGGACUUCCAGUCUCCAGCUCCACCUACUGUAGGCGUGAGGAUCCCCAGUCUCCAAGUCCUGGACUCCACCUCGGUCCUUCAACCCAUUGGCUCUGCCUUGGCUCCUGGCUCCCUCGUCUCCAGCAUGAAACAGUGGAGACCAGAGGAGAGCCCUCACAUGCAGAUUCUCUAA